ACCAGACCUUUAUUUUGAAACCCCCAAACCGGAAGCAGCGGCAUUGUUCUCGAAAGAGCAAAAACAUCGGCAAAGAAAGCUCAACUCGCCCCACUUGUGGUCGAAGUUCUGCGUCCCGCCGGGCUCUGGCUGUCGGUGUGAAUCCUCCUCCGGUUGGUUGACAGGCGGAAUCACCGACAGGUGGGAUGGCGUCGCCGCUGGAGAUGACGGAGAUGUACGACAACGCGCUGUUGGGGAUCCUGCAGCACGUCGGGAACAUCCAGGACUUCCUGCAGGUCUACUUUGGCUUUCUGUACCGAAAGACGGACUUUUACCGGCUGCUGUCUGGCCCCGACGACAGGAUGGGCUUCCCCCCGGGAGUGGCGGAGAAGAUGGUGCUCAAGACAUUUAGGCUGUUCGAGAAGCUGGCCGAGCAGGACAGGGAGAGGGCGCUGAGCGAGCGGCAGAAGAGACAGGAGAGUGUGCGCGCUCCUCCUGCAGCCCAGGAGCUGGAGGUGGCCUCUGAGCCCUGCGAGGCCACGCCAGAGGAAGGCGGUGCAGAGCCCUCGCAGAAGGACAGUGCGUCCUCAGAUACAGGCCGAGCCUCCACUCCUGCAGCCCCAGACGCUUCUGUGAGCUCUGAAGGCGGUGGCAGCGGCAGCGGCAGCAGCAGGGGACCAGAGGCUGCGGCAGGUCAAGCAGCAGCAGACAACCGUGCAGCAUCAGCAGACAGACCUCAGAACGAGUUCCAGGCCGACCCUGACAGCUACAACGGCGCGGUGAGGGAAAACUACAGCUGGUCCCAGGACUACACAGACGUGGAGGUGCGCGUCUUCGUGCCUAAGACGGUGGUGAAGGGCAGACAGGUCAGUGUCGGCCUGCAGAGCGGCGGCCUGCGGGUGAGCGUGAGAGACGGAGCGGAGGAGAAGGUGCUGAUGGAGGGAGAGUUCACCCACAAGAUAAACACCGAGGACUCCCUGUGGAGCUUGGAACCCGGGCAGUGCGUGCUCCUGUCUCUCAACAAGACCUCCGAGGUGUGGUGGAACGCGGUGCUGAAAGGCGAAAAGGAGAUCGACAUCAACCAGAUCAACCGCGAGCGCUCCAUGGCGACGGUGGACGAGGAGGAGCACGCCGUUCUGGACAGGCUCACCUUCGACUACCACCAGAAGCAGCAGGGGAAGCCGCAGAGCCACGAGAUGAAAGUGCAUGAGAUGCUGAAGAAGGGCUGGGACGCAGAAGGCUCACCGUUCAAGGGGCAGCAGUUUGACCCGUCCAUGUUUGACAUCCCGCCCAGCGCCGUGCAGUUCUGAGACUCAGCCAAA